GACAUGUCCCUAACCCAGGUGGGCCUAAGGCUAUGGUGUUAGAGCAAUAAGUAAAGGGGAGGGGUCGUAACCACAGUGGUGACCCUGUGCUGAUGUUGGUAACUCUGUGGGUAUCAGAGAUGGUGAUGGUGAUGCCACCAACACAGAAUCUGACUGUGGUGCUGGGAUGGUGUUGGGCUUGGUGGUCUUGGUGGUGGUGACUCUGGUAGAGAUGAGAGUGAUAGUCAUGAUGGUGAUUGUGUUGGUGACAAUUACAUUAGUUUGGUUUUAGUCUGUUUUCAUGCUGCUGAUAAAGACACACCCAAGAAUAGGAAGAAAGAGAUUUAAUUGAACUUACAGUUCCACAUGGCUUGCAAGGCCUCAGAAUCAUGGCGGGAGGUGAAAGGCAGUUCUUACAUGUCAGCAGCAAGAGAAAAUGAGGAAGAAGUAAAAGCAGAAUUCCUUGAUAAACCCAUCAGAUCUCUUGAGACUUAUUUACCAUCACAAGAAUAGCACAGGCAAAUGGCCUCCAUGAUUUAAUUACCUCCUCCUGGGUUCCUCCCACAACACAUGGGAAUUCUGGGAGAAACAAUUCAAGUUGAGAUUUGGAUGGGGACAUAGCCAAACCAUGUCAUUCCAACCCCUGACCCCUCUAAAUCUCAUAUUCUCACAUUUUAAAACUGAUUAUGCCUUCCCAAUAGUCCCCUAAAGUCUUUACUCAUUUCAACAUUAACCCAAAAGUCCACAUUCCAAAGUCUCAUUUGAGACAAGGCAAGUCCCUUCCAUCUACGAGCCUGUAAAAUCAAAAGCAAGCUAGUUACUUUCUAGAUACAAUGGGAGUGCAGGUUGGGUAAAUGCAUCUGUUCUAAAUGGGAGAAAUUAGCCACAAUGAAAAGGUUAUAGGGCCCAUACAAGUCUGAAAUUCAGUGGGGAGUCAAAUUUUAAAGCUCCAAAAUGAUCUCCUUUGACUCCAGGCCUCACAUCCAGGUCAUGCUGAUACAAAAGGUGGGUCCCCAUGGUAUUGGGCAGCUCUUUUUAUGUGGAUUUGCAGGGUACAAUCUCGCUUCUGGCUGCUUUCAUGGGCUGGCAUUGAGUGUCUAUGGCUUUUCCAGGUGCACAGUACAAGCUGUCAGUGGAUCUACCAUUUUAGGUUCUGGAGGAUGGUGGCCUCCUUCUUACAGCUCCAGUAGGCAGUGCUCCAGAUGUGGGGUUCAGAACCCCCAGAUUUCCCUUCUGUACUGCCCUAGCAGAGGUUUUCCAGAGGGUCCUGCCUCUGCAGCAAACUUUUGCCUAGGCCUCCAGGCAUUUUCAUACAUCUUCUGAAAUCUAGGUGGAGGUUCCCAAACCUCAGUUCUUGACUUCAAUGCACCCACAGGCUCAACGCCACCUGAAUGUUGCCAAGGCUUGGGGAUUCCACCUUCUGAAGCAACAGCCCAAGCUAUACAUUGUCCCCUUUCAGCUACAGUGGGAGCAGCUGGGACACAGGGCACCAAGUCCCUAGGCUGCACACAGCAUGGGGACCCUGGGCCAGGCCCACAAAACCACUUUUUCCUCCUGGGCCUCUGGGCCUGUGAUGGGAGGGGCUGCCAUGAAGAUCUCUGACCUGGCCUGGAGACAUUUUCCCCAUGGUCUUGGGGAUUAACAUUAGGCUCUUUGCUACUUAUGGAAAUUUCUGUAGCCGGCUUGAAUUUCUUCUCAAAAAAUGGGUUUUUUGAUUCCUGUAAUGGCUGCUUCCUGGAAGGUAGUGUCACGUGGAACCUCUUAAUCUCAGCAUCCAGGGCUCUAGGAAGGGAAAAUUUCAAGUCAGAUAGAAUUCUAUAUGUGCCAUUUCUUUGGAACCUUCAGCCUUCAAGAUUCCAACAUCAUGACUUCAGUUUCAACACAGUUGUCCUUAGUCCUUAUGCCACUGCUUUUGGUGCUGCCUGUUGUCAAAGCAGCAGAAGCUGGUGAUGCAGUUGCCCUCUUGUUAGGUGUGGUUCUCAGCAUUACAGGCAUUUGUGCCUGCUUGGGGGUAUAUGUACAAAAAAGAAAUGGACAGAUGUGACUUUGAAAGGCCUACCGAAUCAGACCUCACCCUUUUCAACCUUUGUGCUAUAGAGGCUAAAUCUGAGCUUUGGUGUCUGAACAUUUCCAAGAAUCAGUAAAUUAGGGAGUUUUACAUUUUUUAUUGUUUCCAUGAAAUGGGAACAAACAUACAUAUAUAAAUUGUAAAAAAAAAUGUUUUCUUUGCAACAAAUAAUGCACAGAAAAAUGCAACCUAUAAUUUGUAUUGCUAGUUGGAAAGCAGGUCAAAGAAGUAAGAUGGCUGAAAUUUACAUAAGUAAUAUUUCAUAGUUUUAGAAUUCUCAAAGCACAUGACAUAGGAAGAAGGAAGUUCUUGCCCAGAAUCUUAGAAAAUCACCGCUGUUCAAUUAUAAUCACUGCCUCCUGAAUCGUUGAGGAGUCUUUCUCCAUCUUUUUAUUAGAUUUUUGUUUUGUUGUCUUUCAAGUUAAUAUUGUAUUUAGACAUCAGAGAGUCAGCCAAAAAGGGAAACUUUUAUCUCUGGGGAAAAAAUGUUUAGAAAAAUGUAUUCAGUAUAUCUAACACUGAAAUGCAGAAAAAAAUUAAUGUUAAAAAACUAUAAACGUUGACAUGGAAAAGAGAUUUAUUGUUAAGAAAAAACUUUAUAUUAACUGAGUAACAUCCUUUUGAUGAGAAGAGCUAUGUUAAAUAUAAACCCAUUAUGUU